AGAAUUACUAAACCUUAACAGUAACCGAGUUGGAAGGAACUUUGGAGAUCAUCUAGUCCAACCCCCUGUUCACGCAGGACACCUGUAUUAGGGAUUUGAACCGCCGACCUUUCUGAUUGACAAGCUAAGCCGCUAAAAUCCAGAUGACCACUAUAUGGCCGCAAAGCCUUAGGAUUUUCAGUGUUUCUUUGCUCCCAUCUAAUAAUUUUCUGGCUUUUAUAAUUCCAGAUCUGGUGGCCCCACUGUAAGCAUGACUUUCCAGAACAAGCAUCAUGUCAUUCUUCUAGCAUGAUUGGGUCAGCAGCCUAGCUUUAUUAGAGUCUAUUAAAUUGCAGUUAUUAGACUAAGGAUGGCUUCUGAGAACAAUAGCUGAGUGACAGGUGAUGCACACUAGCCUUAUGAUAAGAUUAUUACUCGAUGAUCAGUUUUAUACUAUUAGCUUCAGUCAUCAUGAUGCUUACUUUGCAUCCUUAGUCAAAGUGGGUAGUGCCAAGACAGCCAAGGACGUAGCCAAUAUGGAUAACUCAGUUGGCAUGCUGGAAACUCAGGUUGAGUGAGGAACCUGUUGUUCGUGCAGAGAAAUGGUUGUAUAAUUGUUCACCAGCUUGCUCAGAUUCCAGUCUAUUAUACUAGAGCCAAGUAGAAGUUGCCAAAAGCAAAGACUUCGAGGGCAAUAAACAUGCUUUGAAGUGCAAGGCAAUUAUGUGGAUCCACAAUUUCAGUGACUAGCCUCCUACUGAAUUUUAUGUGGAUCUGUAUUUUCUGCAUGGCCACAUGAAUUAAUUCUGAGAUCAACUCAUUUGACCUGAGAGUCCAUGUAGUAUGAUCAUUAUAUUACUAGAGUAGCAACUAAGCGGUUGCAGUGUUGAAAUAAGGAAACACAAGUUCAAGUACACUUUUGGCCUGGAAACUCCCAGGUGAUUUUGGAUCACUUGCUUUAUCUGAGCACAAUCUUCCUUGUUGUUAAAGGAAUAACACUAAAAGUGAUCCUACACAAAUAAUCCUCAAUUUAUGACCAUUUAUUUAGUGAUUGUUUGAUGUUACACAGUGCUGAAAAAAGUGAUUUAUGACUGCUCCUCUCCUGUCCUGCCACAAAACCACUGCAGCAUCCCCACGGUCAUGUGAUCAAAAUUUGGGCACUUGGCAACCUGCAUAUAUCUAUGACAGUUGCCGUAUUCCAGGGUUAUGUGAUUGCCACCUGUGAUCUUCCCAGUUGGCUUCCAAAAAGCAAAUUCAAUGGGAGAGUGCCAGAUUCACUUAAUCACAGUGAUUCAUUUAACGACUAUGGCAAAAAGGUCAUAACAUUGGGCACAACUCACUUAAGGAAUGCCUUACAUAAUGGUGGAAGUUUUUGUCCCAAUUAUAAGUCAAGGACUAUGUGUAAAAUGCACCUAGUAAAACGGCAUGGAAGGAAAGGAAGGAGAAGAGGAGAGGAAACGGACCAUAGAAUAGAAUAGAAUAGAAUGGAAUGGAAUAGAAUAGAAUAGAAUAGAAUAGAAUAGAAUAGAAUAGAAUUUAUUGGCCAAGUGUGAUUGGACACACAGGGAAUUUGUUUUGGUGCAUAUGCUCUCAUAUGUGUACAUAAAAGAAAAGAAAAGAAAAAGAAAGAGAAAGAAAAAAAAAUACCUUCAUCAAAGCAAACAGACUGGGAUAAAACAAACGUUGGAUUCCUGUGGCCUUGGAAGGAAAGCUAGGAAGAAGCUCUCUUAUGUUCUCCCAAGAACUCAGCAUGAAUAGAAUUGUUGUGUACGACAAGCCCAAUUUUGAGGGCCUCAGCAAAGAGUUCACCUGUGAUGUCCCUGAUCUGCAUGAAUUGGAUUUUGGUGAUUGUAUCUCCUCCUUGAAGGUGAGAGGGCAACCCUGGGUGGCCUACAAGCUCUCUAAGUUUGAAGAGGAUGGCAUCAUUUUUGAGGAAGGGGAUUAUGCUGAGAUUGACAACAACAACAGGAUUUCAUCCCUACGACUUGUUUACCAGGAUCUCUCUGACCCCCAAAUUACACUGUAUGAACAUCCCAACUAUGAAGGUCAAAGCAAGGUGGUGAAGGAGGAGACCAACCUCGCCUACGGUUACUUUAAUGACCGGGUCUCCUCCCACGUGGUGCAGAGGGGUGUCUGGCUGCUCUAUAAAAAUCCAAACCGCGGGGGAUGGUAUCACAUCGCCUGGCCAGGGGAACGCAUUCAUGACUAUAAAACUGAGAUCAACUUCGAUGAUAACGUCUCUCACUUGCAACCCCUGAAACCCGGCCGUCCAAUCAUUACCGCCAAGUUGCUGUGGGAUCAAAAGAAAGUGGAAGCUGAGCAUGACGUUCUGAUCGAUGAGAUUGUGGGAACCAACUGCACCGAAUACGAACAAGCCUUCACCACCAACUCCACGCGAGAAUAUACUGCCACGGUGUUCCAGAGCUUCCACUUCAGCAACACCACUUGCCUAAAACUCGGCUUUUCUUUCCAGGUGACCUUGGGUUGUUCCAAUAUAUUUGUAGUGGAGAAAGGCAAAAGCGAGUCCACCACCACUACUGAGAAGGUAGAGGUCCUGCUGCCUGCCAAAAUCCCUCCAUGCACUGAACUUUCCAUACAGGUGAUCAAGAAGGAGACCACCACCUCAGUGCCAGUGGAGCUCACCAUCUGUCAAAAUGGCAAAGAAAAGAAGGAGAACGCUGAAUACCGCUGUGUUUCAGGCCGUACCAUCAGCACCAGAUAUACCAUGAAGCCUGUCCCGGCAGCACCGGGCACUUCCCAAGCUAAACCACAAGAAGUAUGACAGAGGAGGGACACAAGCAACUAUGUCAACCCCUGCAUGUGGAUAGAUCUCUAGGAGAACAUUUUCAAGCACAGGCUGCGCCAGGGGUGAGAAAUUAUUUCUGAUUAGGCUCCUUUCAAAUUAACGUUCUUGCGAUUGCAGAUACUUCCAGACUGAGAAGAAAGAAAAACAAGGGCCUGCUUUUUUCUAGACGUGGUGAUGGUUUCUGAGUUUAAAUAAUUAGGUUACAGGAAUAUAAUUAAGUUUGGACAUAACAGUUUAAUCCGGAUGGCAAUUUAUAUAGAAAAAAACACGAAUCUUUUCCUGAAGAUAUAUUAACUACCUGGAAAAUCAAGAAUGGAUAUACCAAUUUUUCCUCAAUUUGAACAGUUAAUGCUAUUAUUAGUACUGAACAUCAUAAAGCAGCAGAAUUAAAAAAUCUACAAGUUUAUCUACAUUUCUCAGUAAGGGGAGGAAGCAGCGGUUUGUUUGUUUGUUUGAUUUAUCUGAUGAAAUUGAAUUUUAAAGGAAUGAACAGUUCUUACAUAAACCUCCAUUCAAAAACAUUUCUUUUUACUUUACUUUCCAGCUUUAUUUCCCAUUAAAGUUAUCCCUCUGAUC